CGCUAUCAAGUGCACUGCCGCUGUAAAUUACGAGUCGCUAUCAUUCGUGAACAUGCAUCACAAUGUCAAAUGAUAGUAUGUGUGUUUUGGUGUAGCAGUUUUAAUAAUCGAUUUCGCUUACUGUCUCGUAACAUUCAACCAUUAUCAUCUGUAGCGCUGUUUACGUGUUCCUUGAUAUCGACUCGUUUACCAGUGGGCCAGCUUAUCCAGUUUUAAUAAAUUCAUACGCCUCAAAUGUGAUUCACGCAAUGAACCGUUUUAUACUCUUCCGUCACACUCAAAGCAUCCAUUCCUAUCAACUACUGAAACAGUCGUGUGAAGCCCUUGGAACUGACAAGAAACAGUUGUUGAGAUUUUUGAGUGGAGGAUACAAACCAAAAGCAAAUAAGUAUGUUCUCAAGAUAGCAGCUGCUACAUUGGGAAUUACAGCAACAUGGGGUCUAUACAGCCAUUACAGAGUAUUGCCUUCAAGUUUGUUGCCCUUGGAAAGACAUUCUGUAUACAGGCUGUCCAUAAUUAAAGUUCCAGUUUCAAAAUACUGUAGAAAGAGACCUACUGCUCAGAAUUACAUCAGAUGCAGAGUGGAAGGAAAGGGAUCAUUUUGGGAUGCUGUUGCAUCAAUUUCAGAAACAUUCCAAAACAAGAAUCAGUUGAGGCAAUAUUCACUCAAUGAUGUUGCUGCACACUCCAAUAGAAAUACAGGAAUAUGGGUAACAUACAACUGUGGAGUUUAUGAUAUCACAGAUUACAUUGAACAUCACCCAGGUGGAGAUAAUGUAUUGUUAGCUGCUGGAGGAUCAUUGGAGCCUUACUGGAUGAAAUACCCUGUUCAUAAAAAUCCAUCUGUUCUAUCCCAAUUAGAGAAAUACAAAAUAGGUACUUUGGAAAACUGUGAAGAAACUGGUGCAGCUUCUCAAAUAAAUGAAAAGCCAAAAUCAUCCUCCAAAAAGAAUAACAUUCCAGAUGUGGAUCCAGCAUCUUAUGCCCUUGAGAUUGAUGGUCUUAAUGACCUAUCUCUCAAAAUUCGACUGAACACACUGAAAAAUGAUUUUCCUAGACAUACAGUGACUACUGUAUUGAAGUGUUCAGGAAACUGUGAAAGUGGAGUAACUGAGGUCAAAGAAAAUCAGUGGUCUGGAGCAAGACUAAUAGAUGUUUUGAAGGCUGCAGGGUAUGAUCAGGGUCAUACAGGAGUGCAAAACAUUCAGUUUGAAGGAUUGGAUCUUGCUGUACCAGGUAUGCACUAUGGUACUAUAAUCUCUUUUGAGAAAGCCAUGGAUCCGAAAAGUGACAUAAUCUUGGCUUAUGAACUGAAUGGAGAGCCUCUUACAAAGGAAAAUGGAUUUCCCAUCAGAGUUUUGAUGCCUGGUAUACCUGCUGGUCGUCAAGUAAAAUGGCUAGGACGCAUAAUUCUUUUGGAAGACAAAGAAGAUUCUCUGUAACAUGAGCACCAAGAAGGAAGAAAGAGGAAAUAAAACUGAAGAAAGAAUAAUGAUGGAGGUAGUUGUCUUUCUUUGGAGCAGACAUGCAGAAUACUGGAAAACAAUCUUAAUUAAAGGAUACAUAAUGAAAUAUCACAUGCAUAGAAAAGCUGAAUAGAAUAUUUUGGGGAGUUAUCUUACAACUGACCAUACACUACUAUAGUAUAAGGCAUUAUCAUUAAAACUAAGUAAGACUAUUGUAAUCAUAAAAGCUAACUAUGUGCAAUAAAUGUUCCUUGAAAAGAAAAAAUAUUGUAUAAAGGCCCAUAAUAUUUGU